AUGAUUAUUUCAAAGUUAUUUCAUGUUGUUUUGAAAUUGAAGUUAAGCAAGCAGAAGAUCGAUUUUCAAAACCUUUUCAUCAAUAUCAGUAGCAACAACAUAAAUAUCUUUGAGAUCAUCUUUACUGCUAUUCAACCUGAAGACAAUGAUGAUGUGUGUUUAAGUAAAAAACCAAUAAAAAGUUUAUGUGAAGCAUAUCAAGCUCCAUCUCAAUCGUAA